CCGGCCGUUUCGUCCGAGGAGAGGGUGCGUCAGCUAGUGAUGAAGCAGGCGGGUCUUGCAGCGGCCGCCGCGGCGAGGACGCCCCUCGCCGGGCGGCACGCCGGCGCGCUGGACGUGGCGUUCGACCGCUGCGGCGCGGUGUGCAAGGAGUACGCCAAGACGUUCUACCUCGCGACGCAGCUGAUGACGCCGGAGAGGAGGCGCGCGAUCUGGGCGAUUUACGUGUGGUGCAGGAGGACGGACGAGCUGGUGGACGGCCCGAACGCGGCGCACACGUCGGCGCUGGCGCUGGAUCGGUGGGAGUCGCGCCUCGAGGACGUCUUCGCGGGCCGUCCCUACGACAUGCUCGACGCCGCGCUGGCCGACGCCGUCGCCGCGUUCCCCGCCGUCAACGCCCGGCCGUUCCGGGACAUGAUCGAGGGGAUGCGCAUGGACCUCGCCCGGUCCCGCUACGCCACCUUCGACGACCUCUACCUCUACUGCUACCGCGUGGCCGGCACCGUCGGGCUCAUGACCGUCCCCAUCAUGGGCGUGUCCCCGGACUCCUGGGCCGACCUCGGGACGGUGUACGCCGGCGCGCUCGCGCUCGGCGUCGCCAACCAGCUCACCAACAUCCUCCGAGACGUCGGCGAGGAUGCGAGGAGGGGCAGGAUCUACCUGCCGCAGGACGAGCUCGCCAUGGCCGGCAUCUCCGAGGCUGACAUCUUCGCUGGCCGUGUCACCAACGAGUGGAGGGCCUUCAUGAAGGGCCAGAUCGCGAGGGCGAGGGCCUACUUCCGGCAGGCCGAGCAGGGCGCCGCGGAGCUCAACCAGGAGAGCCGAUGGCCGGUGUGGGCAUCUCUGCUUCUGUACCGGCAGAUCCUGGACGAGAUCGAGGCGAACGACUAUGACAACUUCACCAAGAGGGCCUACGUUCCCAAGGCCAAGAAGCUGGCGGCGCUGCCCAAAGCUUACUUCAAAUCACUCAGACCUCCUCCUUCUCAGAGGCACUCAUAGUCUUCUCCAGCCCUAACAGUAACAGGGACCAAUCACUAGGUAGAUCAGCCUGGUCUAAUUAGUGUUAUUAGUGAACAUAUACAGUACUCCUGUAUUAGGUAGCAGUGAUGUACAGUUCAUAAUUCCAGGCUGGUAAGGACACACAUGACCUGUGCGUGUGGUGUUGCUGUUGGAAAAUUGUGAGUUCCUGGAAUGUACAAAGUGCUGCAGAUGAAUUGCAUAUAUGUUACA